UUGAACAACAAACGCGCUGAAAACAAACAAGCAAACGCUUAAAAUCGCAUUAAAAUUAUAAUGGGUUUAAUUAAUUAACACAGAGAGAUGACAUGGCUUCAAAAUCAGACCAGCUUCUUAUUGUUGUCUCUAUACUGGAAGGUCAUCAGUUUCCCAGGAGUCCGCGGCACACGCUGGUUGUUGAAGCUCGCUUUGAUGGAGAGACUUUGGCCACAGACCCUGUAGAACAUAAAGAACAGCCGCAGUUCUGCACAGAGCUGGCGUGGGAGCUCGACCGCAAGACUCUUCACCAGCACAGACUGCAGAGAACACCAAUCAAAUUACAGUGUUACAAAGUGGACUUGAACACGUCGGCGAGAGAGUGUGUGGGAUAUAUCAUCCUCGAUCUGAGAUCUGUGCAAGAGAUCAAACAGGCUCCUAAAUGGCAUCCUUUACUCAGUAGCAAGUACACUAAACUGAAACCUUCACUGCUGAUCGGCGUGAUGUUAGAAAACGACAUCAAACAAACACCUGAGCAGUUCAAGGCAAAGAAAGCUCCUCCAAGAGCAGGUUCUCCAGCUCUGGUUCCUCUGGACUCUGCUAAACUCAAAGCGGUUCUGAAUGAGGACGAAGGUUUUCAUCAGAUUGGACCGGCAGAUCUUUGCACAGACAUGUUUGUGUUGUCAGUGACAGUCGCUUUUGCUACUAAACUGGAGCAGUUGAUCUCCAGCUCAAUGAAGCUGUCCAGUGAGGGUUCAGAGUUCUUCUUCUAUUACACUCUUCUGGGGAAUGACGUCACCAGUGAACCCUUCCAGAACCUGAUCCAUCCCAACUUUGAGCCUGAACGAGCGUCUGUCCGCAUUCGCUGCAGUGACCGAGCUCUGCGGCUCUUUCUCAGCCAGCUACAUGUUCUCCAGAUUCACCUGUGCUGUGGGAAUCAGUCUCUAGGCAGCACUGAGAUCAGUCUCGAUGGUUUAAUGAAGAACAGUGUCGAUCUGUCAAAACAUGCUGCCACUAUAGAGGGAGCAUUCAUCCUGCAACCCCCGAAUCGAGCCAAACUGAACCUGCCGUCUGUCCCAGCUGACAUGCAGCCCACUGUGGGUGUCUCUGUGACACUGAGAGGGGAGGAUAUCAAUAACCAGUUUGAUGUGCACACUGAAAAUGGUCCUAAAACUCCAGUGAAGAAAGUGUCUGUUCCUGCAGCCCAUCUUGAAUGUCCCUCAGAGGAGCACAGAGCACCAGUGACCCCGUCACCCACCCGGAUAUCACCCGAUCACCCGCUCAGAUCUCCACGUGCUUCUUCUGAACACCAGCACUCUGAGAGUGAGGCGGAGAGUCUAUCCUGUGAUGUCAGACAGGCCCCGCCCACAGCACAUGAUGUUCUUGCCCCUGAUGUGCGUGUGCAGGCUGAUGCUCCAGACUCAUCAGUCUCGGUUUCUGCUCCAAAGAUCUGCAUCCCUGCAUCUGCUCAUCACUACUGCUUCAGUCUGGAUCUCCGCAGCGUCCGGGACCUCUGGACCAACUUCACGGUCAACUGCAUCUUGAGAUACGCGUAUCGUUUCUUCGGCAGUGCUGCUCCCAUCAUGACGAGUCCAGCGGUGGAGAUACAGAAGAACACAGAGGUUUUUCUCCCACAGUCGUACUGCGCCUUUGAUUUUGCUGCUCUGCCCAAUCAGCUUCAAGACACCUUCCUGAGGGUUCCUCUCGUGGUGGAGAUGUGGCACAGAGACUCAAGUUCUCCAGAUGUUCUCUUGGGUUCUGUCAGUAUUCAGCUCUCUCAUCUCCUCCACUCAGAGAAAACCCGAUUCCUCGACCCGUCGGGCCAGCAGCACUGGAGACAGAGCUGUACUGAGAGACUCCCGAUUAUUAAAACUGACAGGUCAGAGAAGUUGGCUGAACUCUGUUAUGUGGCCGUUCUAGAAGAUCUGGGUUUCGUGAAAGCUCAAGACGUUCUCAUCUCUGAAUCAUCACAGGGGCCACAGACAGCAGCAGCAGCCACUUCUCAGGGUCACGGGGAGACGGAGACUCUCACACGACCGCGAGAGACACUGGAGUACAAGGCGGCACUGGAGCUGGAGAUGUGGAAGGAGAUGCAGGAAGAUUUGUUUGAUAAUCAGCUGAAGCAGAAGGAGUUGAGUCACAUGCAAGCGCUGGCAGAGGAGUGGAGGAAGAGAGACCACCAGCGGGAGGCGCUCUUCAAGAAGAAGGAGAUGGAGUAUAAUCUUCUAGAGGAGCAGCUGCAGAAGACUCUGUCUGAUUUGGAGAAGAGAGAGAAAGCACUCACACAUGCCGAGAUGGAGACGCAGCGGCUGCAGCGAGAGAUGCGAGCGGAACACGAGUUCUGCAUGCGAGAGCUGCAGGACAGCGGCCGGCGUCUGCAUGAGGACUGCGCCCACCAGGUGGAGCUGGAGAGGUCAAAGGUCAGGCAACUCGAGGAUCAACUGAGCCGACAGCAACAGCAGAUUCAAGAGGCUGAAAAUAAAUACAGACAGUUGGAGAAAGAGUUUCAACAGUACCGAGACCAGCAGAACAUUCGGCCGGAGAUCCGUCUGCAGUCAGAGGUCAAUCUGCUGACACUGGAGAAGGUUGAAUUGGAAAGGAAGUUGGAAUCAGCGACUAAAUCUAAACUGCAUUAUAAACAGCAGUGGGGACGUGCCCUGAAAGAGCUGGCCAGAUUUAAACAGCGUGAGCAGGAGAAUGCGAUGUCACGGCUGAAGCAGCAGCAGCAGGAGUUGCAGCAGAUGCGUUUGAAGUAUCUGGCAGCAGAAGAGAAGGAAACUGUGAAACACGACAAACAUGAACUUCAGGACUUUCGCAACCAGCUCAACAGAUUGAAGCCGCAGGAUGAAUCGAACAGCUGGAGGGAACCGGCACACGUGUGUGUGGACGACAGCACCGAUGAUCAUGUGACCCGUCUGCUGGAGGAGAGAGACACACUGCUGCGGACCGGAGUUUACACGCAUGAUGACAGAAUCAUAUCUGAACUCAACAGACAGAUUCAGCAGGCCAUGAGCAACAGACACUCACGGGAGCCGAGAGAUUUGAGCUCAUUGUGACGUCAACUGAAGGUCUAAUGCAUCGUCUCCUCAUGCAUUUAAUAAAUGUCUUAGAUAUUAAAGUUUGUGUGUAGUUUUGCAAGGCACUAAUGUUCGUCUGCAUUUGAAUAAGUCUCGAUUGUGAGUAAAGAUCAUUAAGGGCGCAAUUAAUUUUGUUACCUCAUACAUUUUGUAAUUUUAAUGUCUCAAAAAUAAUACCCAUAUCAAAUUUUCCAUGACAGUUUGCACAUUUACUUAAAAGUCAUGUAGAGACAUUCUCAAGCAUCUGUUGAGUGUGUGUUUGAUAUCAGCAGAUGGCACUCUCAACAAAUCACACUACUGUUUUGGAUCUUAUCAGGGCUUUAUGUGUGUGUUUAUUUGUAGUUUUUGAUGAUGUGAUGUUGCUAGUGUGUGUUUAUUUA